AGGAGGGAGGGAUAGGAGGAUUCCGAGUGGAGAGCGAGGGGGAAGGAGGGAUAAAGGCUCAGGAGGUUGAGAGCAAGGGGGAAGGCGGGAUAAAGGCUCAGGAGGUGGAGAGUGAGGGGGAAGGAGGGAUAAAGGCUCAGGAGGUGGAGAGUGAGGGGGAAGGAGGGAUAAAGGCUCAGGAGGUAGAGAGCAUCGGAGUGAUGGAGGGAGAGGAGGAUGCGAAUGAAGGAAUGAAUGACCCGACCAUGCCUCAGAUCCUGUGUGUGACGGGCGGAGCUCUGAGAGAGAGGGAGGAGCUAGAUGAGGAAGGGGCCGAGCAUGGGCAGAAAGUGAGGUCAUGGGAGGAGAAGGGAAGCAAUCGGCCGGAGGGAACGUCCUCUUUUGAAGACGGUCCUGCUGCUCAACAACAACAGGAGGCGGAGCCUGCACCGGAAGUGAGGGUGGACGGUGACGAUCAGCCAUCCAAUCAGGAGGGAGAAAUAUCCAAGCAGGGCGGCGACAAUACCGGACAGGAUAUGAGGUCAUCAACAGCUCCGAGGGAGACCAAGGGAGAGGGGCCUGAACGAGAGAAAGAAGGAAAAGAGGGAGAGGAUGGGAGAGGGAUGAAGAGGAAGAGAGAGGGAGAGGAGGAAGGAACAGGACAGGGAACAGAGAAGAAAAAGUUGGAUGAAGAAGCGAUGGCGUCCAUGUUAGCCGACUUCGUAGCCUGCCCUCCGGACAAUGUAGAAAAUGUGCCCUCUGCAUCCAACCGCCCAGCCUAAACAAGGCCAGACACGGCUCCAUCACAAUACCAUCAGAACAACUCGAUUUCUAGUCCCUUCCAUAGUCUCACACAUUCUUUCAUUAAACACACUGAGGCUGGGUUUAGACAGGCACCCCAAUUCUGAUCUUUUUUUCCCACUAAUUUGUCUUUUGUUUUAUUUUUAUAUUCUUUACACCCCUUUUUCUCCCUAAUUUCAUGGUAUCCAAUUGGUAGUUCGUCUUGUCUCAUCGCUGCAACUCCCGUAUGAACUUGGAAGAGGCGAAGUUCGAGAGCCACGCGUCCUCCGAAACACGACCCAACCAAGCCGCACUGCUUCUUGACACAAUGCCCACUUAACCCGGAA